ACCUUAGAAAUCGAUUCCAUAUUUCAAUUGGUCAUGAUACCACCCUAUCAAGACGAAAGUUGCAAGUUCGAGAUUUAUCAGUCCAGACGAAUUCAAUAAACACAUCAAUAUAAAUCUCGUACAACAAUGAGAUUGACAUUAAUAAUUGUUAUUUUCCUUCUUCACAUCCAUCUUCUUCAUGCUUUCUCCUUAUCUUCUCGAUUUCUCCGUCCUCGAGUGCAUGUGGAUGAUGAAAUUGUGACAAUCGAUAAACGUGGAGGUGGCGCAGCUAGUGGGCACGCUAGUGCCCACGGCAGCUCGUCCGGAGGACGAGCAUCACGCGGUGGGGGAUCAACAAGGUCACCUUACAGUAGUACUGCUGGUGUAAUUCCAGUGUAUGCAGCAGGAGCUAUGAACCAUCACAAUAAUAAUGUUAAUAGAAGCCAUCGCCAACCAAAUGACGGAAUUACCCUCAAUUGCAUUUGUUUUUCUACUUUAGUUUUCAUCGUUUGUAGCAUAAUUGUUAAUAUGAUUUUGUAAUUAUAUAUGGUAUAU